UAAUAGCACACAGACUGGCCGGCAGGAAAGCUGACGCAGUCAUAGAAGCGCGCUGAAUUGAGUAAAUAUAAAUGCAAGAAAACGUAUUGUAAUUAAAAAGUUUGAGCCAAAACAACAAUUGAGUCAAAUUUCUAUGUAUGCCACAAAUGCCACUCUGGGCAAAUAUGAACGAAAAUAUCUUGGCGGCAGCGCGACAAUUGCGAUUUACGCGUCGAACGGUUGAGAUAGACGUAUUUAAAAACGCGCGCGCUUUAACUUUGGGUGCCAACAACAAAGGCAACACACAUAAACGCACGAAAACUCAAACAACGACCAUACAAAAAACAGUUAAGAAAUUCCAACAGAAAGCAAAGGGAAACAAUAAAUAAUAUAUUAAGUGAGAGAAAAAACAAAAAAAAAAAAAAACAACAGAAAAAAACAGAUAAAACAAGAUCGUUAGUAGUGGAGAAACGUGCGAUCGGUGAAGUCAACUUUUUGAAAUUUUGUUGGUGACAGUGCGUACGUAGGCGCAGUGAGGUGCAAAUGUUUUUGGCUGACCAAUGAAUAAGUGAAAUCAAAAGACGCAUUUAAUGCAAACAUUUUAGUAGUGUUUUAAAAUUUUAUUAUUAGUUACAAUUUGGUUUAUUUUUAAUAUUUGUAAGUGAAAAAGUGUUCGCGAAAAAAAAAUGGUAGAAACAGCAAAAACAACCACAUUUACGCGAACCACCACAUCAGUGCCAGCUCAGGCUCCAGUUGCAGCUCCAGCUGCGGCAGCAUCAGCGACCGCGCCCGUCAUCACAGCAUCCGUGACAUCAACAACAACAACGCCAACAAAUGCGCGACGCAAUGACGAGACUGCGCGUGCCAUCUACAAUCUGAAGGUGAUCGUUUGCCUUUUACUACUGCCGUUGAUCCUGUUUGCCGUGUUUCUGAAACAUCUGCUGGAUUACCUGUUUGCGCUGGGCGUGAAGGAGAAGGAUGUGCGCGGGAAAGUAGCAGUGGUGACCGGUGCAGGUAAUGGCCUUGGCCGGGAAAUCGCCAUUGAGCUGGCUCGGAAGGGUUGCAAAUUGGCCAUUGUGGAUGUGAACUCAAAAGGCUGCUACGAAACGGUUGACCUCAUUACCAAAAUACCAAGUGCCGUGGCCAAAGCAUACAAGACCGAUGUUUCGUCACCACGCGAAUUACAGUUGAUGGCUGUGAAAGUCGAAAAAGAGUUGGGCCCUGUUGAGAUUUUGGUCAACAAUGCAUCGUUAAUGCCUAUGACUUCCACACCGCAUUUGAGCAAUGAUGAAAUUGAAACCAUACUAACGGUUAAUUUGGGUUCGUAUAUUAUGACCGUAAAAGAAUUUCUACCCAAAAUGGUAGCACGAAAAUCGGGACAUGUUGUGGCAGUGGCAGCUUUGGCAGGUUUGGUACCGUUGCCUGGUGCUGGCAUUUACACUGCAACCAAAUAUGGAAUUAUGGGCUUCAUGGAGGCGUUGCGCGGCGAGCUACGUCUCUCCGAUUGUGAUUACAUACGCACCACCGUGGCAAAUGCCUACCUAAUGAAGACAAGUGGCGAUUUGCCGCUGCUCAGCGAUGCGGGCAUAAUGGCCAGUUAUCCGGGCUUGCCGACACCCUACGUCGCAGAGAAGAUCGUUCGCAGCGUCCUGUAUAACGAGCGCAUGGUAUACGUGCCGAAAAUAUUCGCUCUCACCGUAUGGCUGCUCAGAUUGUUGCCCACUAAGUGGCAGGAUUAUAUGUUGCUGCGUCUCUACCAUUUCGACGUGCGCAGCUCUCAUCUAUUUUACUGGAAAUAAACGUAACGGUCCAGCGAUCCAGCAUACCUCCCAUCCGCGAUUUUGUUUUUGUGGUAUGUAAGUUGGAAACAAUGCAGUUGGUAGUGUGACGAGUGUGCCCUGCUGCUGCUUCAGACUCUCACUCUCAGACUACACAUUAUUGCAAUACUGGCGGCGUUGCUUCUCACAUUUGUGCAUUUAUGUUUCUAUUUCACAUUCGUGUGGAGCAUCAUAAUUAUUUUUUUAUUAUUACAUUUCGUAUUGAAAAGUUUAAUUGUUUUUUACUUGAUUGCAUUCUUAUUUCGAUUCUUUUAUGUUUUGCGAAAAUCACUACUCUCUUAUAUGGAAAGUGUAUAAAAUAAUAUUCUAGCGUACGAGUACAAUUUUAGUCAUAAUAAACUAAAUAAAUACAUACAUACAUACGUUUGUUUAUACACACAAUAAAUCUA